UGUGCGUGGAUCACGGAGAGUAGCAUGAGCCUCCACAUGCUGUGAGUAUCCACAGUGUCAUGCACAGCGAGCCCUGUGAUAAGAUGCGUGAAUUGACUGUCUCAGAAGCAGAGGCAACUGAGACUUGCCCUCCGCCACCCAGAUUGAGGUGAGUAACCGCACCACCACGAGGACCUACUAAGUAGCGGGAAUUGGGCAUUCCAAAUUGGGGUGAAAAGGGGGAUAACUUUUUUUAUUUAUUUAUUUUUUAUUGUGAUAUUUAUUUUAUCAUAAUGAGUAAUGUCUUUGUUCACCUGUAAAAAUAAAGGCACAACAUCUUCGUUCAAACAUUUCGAGGCGGGGUACCGAAUGGUGUGUUAUUUCUCAUGAAGUGUGAGAAGCUUCCCCUGUUGCUCUCGUGUUGUGGUUUGUGGUGAUUCAGUAGUUAGCAGCUCAUUCUGCCCCAGAUAGUGCAAACAGACUAAACCCUGUCAACUUUCUGUAGUUUAGAUGACUCCCAACCUAGUAGCUGUUAAUGUGCGCUCUGGCUUUAAUGGUUGUUUGAUUCAAACUGCCCAUGUACUCGUCAUCUCUUAUAAGUGAAGUGUUUUUAGGGAUCUGCCUGAACACUACACGUGAUGGAGAAGAGAGUGGUUUUGUUGCUGCUUUUUGUUUCUGUCGGUCUAACUGAAGCAGCAGGAUGCAUAUCGACAACCAGUCCACAGUGUUACAAAAAUUCAACUGGAAAAGAAGAGGACUUUAAUUGUACAUGGGUGGAAAGUAACCUUGAGCAGAAUCCUACAUACACGCUUAAUAUAUGGGACAAAGAACGGAAAAGUUUUAUUAUACGUGUGAACACUGGAAGGCAGGCACAGAAAUACCUUCUUUUGGAGGAACUAGGAACCAUAUCCAGAAAGAUGGAGAUAUGGGUACAGCGCAAAGUGGGCAACCACACCUGUAUUUCUAACAAAACCUCAGUCAUCCUUGAAUGCUCAGUCAAAUAUAGUGCACCUCGGAUUACCAGUAUGAAAAGGUCAGCUGGAAUACUGAAUCUCACACUAGACAAACCAAAGGAUAACAAAAGUGCUAUAUACGAGAUCAAAUGGAGGGCGAGAGACUCUGAAUGGCAGACUGAGACAUUUGAAACAAAGGACAGCACUAUCCAAGAUUUCUACAGACUACAGCUACAGAACCAGACUGUUUACCAGGUCCAACUAAGGCGGCAGGCCAGAUUGCUGUUACAUCCAUGCAAUGACUCACUUCACACUCUGUGGAGUGAUUGGAGCCCCACGGUGGAUGUUCCCCUAGAAAUCCGCCUCCUACCUGGAAUACGCUGGGUAGAAAAACAGAGAAAUGGAAGCAGGGAUGUUAAUCUCACAUGGGAUGCCCCACCUGCUGAAGAGUCUGUUGGGGGGGUGACAUACAAACUGACCCUCUCCAUCUGGCCUUGUGAAAAACCCAGGAAAGUUAAACCCAUAAAUGUGAAUCGAACAAUUCAAACCUCAAUAACAAUGUCUGAGGCCAGGGUGUCCAUCAUCGCAGUCAACAAAGUUGGAAGCUCACCACCACACCUGAUCAUCAUUCCUGCUGUGAAACAUUUGAAGGAAUGCCCCAAGCCUCAGAGAAAAAAUAUAACUUAUUCCAAGAAAACAUGUUUAGAAUGGUACAAGCUGGAAGACGGUGAGAACCGACCAACGACUGUAAAAAGCUCAAGCCAUAAAUUGUUCAAGGACAUUGAAAAAAGUAGAGAGGUGAAGAAGUUUGUGCGUCAUUAUUACUUCCUUCACACGAUGACCAAGAAACACUUCCAAACUCAAGUCAUGUGUCCUUUUUACUCAGAAGAGGGAGUACCCACUAAAGGUCCGGAGAAUGUGAGUUUUUCUGAUGUGACACAUGAGUCAGCUGUGGUGCGUUGGGUUUCCAUUCCUGUGGUGCAGCAGCAAGGAUUUCUACAACAAUAUAUGAUUUGGAUAUCUGAACAGGGAAACACAAAACACCAUCAAGUGCUGGCAAAUGAAACAAGCUUCUUGAUCAAGAACCUCCACCCGGGGACCUUUUACACCGUUUCCAUUGCUGGAAGAACAAAAGCUGGUGCAGGGCCGAACUCUACUGUGAACUUUGAAACACAAAGUUCAAAAGACAUGGCCUUAUCAUGGCAGGACCAGACCAUCCUGAGUGUCUGUGUGGUUGCCCUCUUGUGUACAAUAAUCUGCUCUAUAGCUGCCAGAAGAUUUAGGAAUAAGUUGUUACCUGUGGUACCCAGCCCUAUGAUUGCUGCAACAGAAUUCAACUGUCCUCAUGAUCAGGACCUGAGCAAUGUCACAGAAGAGGUGCAUGAUGUCAUUCUCCUGCAGGUUCAAGAUCUCAAAGCCAGAAAGAAUGUGCCCCCUGAAAAGAGCAUUUUACUGCAAGAAUUUGGGCUUGUUGUCUUUGAGGAAGAGGACGAGGAGGAUGAGGAGGAAGGAGUGACUGAUCUAGGCUUUAUGAAAUCCUGUUGCUAUCCAAAUCCUAGUUACAGAGGACAGAUGCUACAGCUACCAGAGCCUAUCCACAUGACAGAUAACACUUAUAAGGACAAUGACACUGAGUCCACUUACAGAAAUGGUCUUUUCUUUGAAACAAGAGUCCUGGAGUGUGACCAAACAUCUCUAUAGUCAUUUCAGGGCCUGCCAGGCCCAUCUUGAGCAUGAAAAGUUCUGACUAAUAAACAACCAUAAGUAAACCUCAUCUAUCUGCUACAAAUAUUUUCUUUUCAACCAGGUGCUGUCUGUAAUGGUGUAUGCGUAGCAUGUACAUUUCACCUUCAUCCUCAUCUAAAUUUUCUUUUCUUUUUGUUCUUAAAAUGUACCUGAUCCAUAAUACUGGAAAUAACCCAGUUCUGAGAACAGUGUAAGAUUCUCGGCAGUUACUGAGGUUGCAAGUGCCUCCACAUUCUUAAGCUUUGUUGUGGUCAAAGUGACGUAUUCUUGAUUUUCAUUCUGUCUGUAGAUGAAGUGUACUACUUUUAGGUGUUUUUAUCACACAACAGGCAAUUAUUUUGGUAUGAUACAUAACUUAAGAUAACAUGUAUUUGAUAUGAAACAUUCAUAGCUGAAAUAUUGAAAUGUAUUAUUGAAAUAUAACAAU